AUGGCUAAAAUUGGUAUUUUUAUAACUUCUACGUUAGUAUUAGUUUAUUUAUUAAUUAGCGAUAUUGAGUGUCAUAAAAAUGACAAAACACUUUCAAAAUGCCACCUAAGUCCUAAAUCAAAUUGGUCCAGCGUUUUAAACGUUUUUAUCGAGAAUCUAAAUAAUGGAUCCAGGGAAGUGUGCAACAGUCCUCACCUUAUUGAAAACUGCUGCCCAAUCGCAGUAGUCGAACACGGCAUCUUAAAUGAAACACUAACUUAUUUCACCACAGAACGCCUCAUAAAUUAUGCUAAUCAGUAUGCUAAUUUGCACCUCUUAUUUGAUGCCUCCUUCCUCCAACUCUUAAACGUGACAAAAAUAAACCUCCAUCGAUACCUGCAAGCCUCUUACGGGCAUGGCUACCUCACUAACUCACAUUUCCUAAUCGAGCUAUUCUUAGGCAUAGAAAAUUACCACGUCGACAACAACCUAGUCGAUAAUGACAUCAGUCAGAUCGUACAUCGAUUCUUCGACAGCCUCAUUGAAAGCUUCUUAGAUUUGUACUACAGUGAUUUCAAGUAUUCAGAAGAUGACGACGAUCUCAACAAUAAAAACCUCAACAACAACAAAAACAAUAAUAAUGAUCCUGGUGAUGAUGAUGGUGACAAAAGUUAUAUGGCAUGUAUCAGGAGAGAGAUAAAAGAGAUAGGGCCAUUUGGCAAUGCUCCAACACUCCUAGCUAAUAAGUUGAAGAAGACGUUCGUGACGGUUAAAACAUUUUCGAGGUCGCUGAGAAAGAUAUCAGAAGCAUUCAGUGCCUUAAAGCGAGUAUAUAAGUGA